GUUUCCAGCAUCACGGAGGCGGAGCGAGACACGAGACUGAUGUGAGUCCUCAGUGAGAAGAAGAUGUGAGCAGAUGUUGUAGUUUCAAGCUCAACAGGAGAAAUAGCAGGAAAUAAUCAGCUGAUAAUUAUGGUUCGAGAUCAGAUUCAUGGAUCAGACUGAUGGAGCUUCAUUUCAUUCUGAUGACUGACAGGCACAUCAUCCAAUAGGCACGAUGAUAGCUACAGGCGGUCUCCUGAGGAUUUCACGGCGCCAGGACUCUCUCCGAUCCAAGAACCGGGCGGAAAACAAGAAAAAGAGAAAAGCCCAGAAAAAGCGCAAGACUGACGUGGUCGUUGUAAAGGGAAAAGUAAAACUAUGCUCCUUCUCCGGCCUGGUGGCUCUGGUGGGAAUUCUCAUCUUACUGGUGGGCAUCUCCAUGGCGGUAUUGGGAUACUGGCCCAAGGAAAACCCAAAAUACCCAGAGAAACUCUUCAGAGAGAUGCAGGCACUGAAACAGACCUCCAGAACUUCAAACGCCACGAGCAAUAGAAAGUUUUUGGUGUUGAGUGAACUGAACCACACGGAUGGCACAAAUUCGACUUCACCGAGUGCACAGUCGCUUGGCUUCUUUAAAAGGCUAUUCGCCAGUUAUUUGUACUCUGAAAACCUGAAAGUGUUUGGACCUCUGGUGAUGGGCAUAGGAAUCUUCCUCUUCAUCUGCGCUAAUGCCGUUCUGCACGAGGAUCGUGAUAAAAAGACGAAGAUCAUCAAUCUAAGAGACAUUUACUCGACCGUCAUAGACAUUCACAGCCUUCGUGCCAAAGACUGCCCACCCUUCAAUGGCCUCAUCAGCUACGUGCAGUCCAAAAAUGCAGAGGCCAAAUCUUCAUGCGCGGGGACGGCUCGAGGCUCCGUCUCAGGUAAAGGAGGCAAUUUCAGGCGCCCAUCGUGCGCCAGGAAGUACAGCUUGUUUGCCAAGAGGCCGUCCUUUACGGAUACGGUAUAUAGUAUAUACAGAGGCCAGAGUGGGGGCGAGGAACCGUGCGGCACGCCAAAACAGUGGGAGACUCGUUCCAUAGUCACGUCGUCUGUUAACGCGUUCACGUUACCUGUCAUUAAACUCAACAACUGCGAUAUGCAGGAGAGAGACGAGAGGGAACCUCAAACAGCGCGACGCAGGAGUUGCGUCCCGUUUAUCAGCACCGCCGUGGAAACCAGAGCAGAAGUGUCAAGGACAGGACUCUCAGUUUCCCAGGAAUCCGAACUGAACGAGAGACAGACUGUGGCUACUUUAGGGCAACGCCAGCUGUCACCUCCCGCCCCUGCCACGAGGGUGACAGGGUCACAUCUGUCCCUAAACGCCCUGUCGGAUCUGAGCUCCGGGUGUCAGGACGACAGAUCACGGAGGUUUAGCUGUCCCAGGCUGGAUCGCUCCGGAAGUAAGGGCUACAUUAAGUUGGCGGACCUUGGCGGAGACUCUUUCGAGAACUCUGAUGCAGGUGUAGGAAGAAGUGAGGAUGACGAGACGUGCACGAUUACUGACACUCAGCUGCACACGCACGCUGCAGCAUUACCAACUUCGUAAAUGAUGUCAAGUGACGACAACCCGUCAUUAAGAACUACUGUUGCUCUUGUUGAUAAAUAAUGAAUAUUCAAUUGCAGGAAAGUGCCAUAGUUACUAUAGCAGAUAAACUCAUGUCAUUAUUUUGGUGCAAACAUAGCAAACCACUAUAGAAACAAUAAACAAAGAAAUCUCGCAGCCCCAUCUCACAGGAAUGUGUACACAUUUUACGAAUUUGUAUGACUUUUUACAAAGUAAAUCAUACAAAAGCGUAUGAUUGUUAUAAGAAAACAAGGAAAGUUGAAAGCAAAUUGUACAAAAACGUAUAAAUGUGGUGGUCAUACGAAUUAGCCACUUCGUAAUAUACAUACAAAUUGCAGGGUUCCCACAAGUCCUUGAAAUCCUUUAAAGUUUGUGAUUCUGGGGGAAAAAAUUCAAGGCCCUUGGAAGUUUUUGAAAAUAUACAUACAGAGAUACAGGUCAUUGAAAUUGCUUGAAUCUAUUUUAUGCAAGAAGUUUUCUGGAAAAAAUCCAUAUAGUGUAGGAUAAUAUCAUAAAAAUUCUAGACUUUUUAAGCACACGUGUUAAACUGUUCGCUUUAAAUUCUUAUAUCUUCUGUAUGCGAAUGUAUGAUUUUUUGCAUAGUUGUGUUUGACACAUGAAAACGUCUCUGGUUACGUAUGUAACUGUUGUUCCCUGAGAAAGGAACGAGACGCUGCGUCUCCCUUGUCAUACUUCCUGCGUCCCUGUAACACCGUCUUUGGCAAUAUUUCAGAUAGCGAUAUACUUCCUGGCUCCCACGUCACCCUGUCUUUGUCGGGGCGUCACCAUUGGUUGAAUUUGAUAUACACAUUCAGACGCAUUUACCCCUGGAGGCGUCCCCAAAGUGUCACCGCAGUGACGCAGCGCCAGUUCCCUCAAUAGGGAACGGUAACAAUGUAUCUUAAAAGGUAACACGAUGUCACCUUGCUCUCACUUGAAAUGUGUCCCCAAAUUUAGUCCUUGAAUUUGAGGGUAUUGGACCUGAACAAUCCUUGAAAGGUCCUUGAAUUUGAAGUUGACUAAGGUGUGGGAACCCUGAAAUUGCCAUGAGAUUGUGUUGUUCACACAGAAAUGAAAAUGUUGUCAUUGUUAGCUCAACCUCAUGUCAUUUUUAACUUAUAAAACUUUAUAAUGUGAAAUACAAAAGAAGAUUUUAGGCAGAAUGGCUGUUUUCUGUAAAACAAAAGUGGAUGUGUUUAUAAAUGAAGCGCCUUAAAGGUGCAGUGUGUAAUUUUUAGAAGGAUCUCUUGACAGAAAUGCAAAAUAAUAUACAAAACUAUAUUAUCAGGGGUGUACAAAGACCUUUCAUAAUGAACCGUUAUGUGUUUAUUACCUCAGAACGAGACCUUUUUAUCUACAUACAAAGAGGGUCCCCUUACACGGAAGUCACCAUUUUGUGCCGCCAUUUUUCUACAAAAGCCCUUAACGGACAUUUUUUUACUAAGUUGUCUCCGACGAUGACAUGGUUAUCCGGUGACAGGUACCGUAGCUUCUCUAUGUGUUUCAAAAGCAAGGGGUGAGCAGUGGACUACGCCGUUGGUUGCAAUUCGCAACCACACCACUAGAUGCUGCUAAAAUUUACACACUGUACCUUUAAACAUAUUAUGAUAAAAGUCUAUAAGGCUGCUGACUACACCGAGCAAGCAGUCACGUUUAAGAUAACUAGACCCGAUGUAGUCCGGCAAUGAGUGACCCACUUCUAGCCUAAAUCAACUUGCCUAAAUAACUUAUGAGAUGUCUGAUAAUCCAUCAUGUAGGCAAAGUCAACAGUGAUUACAACCAGUGUUUGCUUUCAUUUGUUUAUUUAUUUUAUUUCUUUUUUUUUGUGCUGUGGUUAGUUCAUUUUGCCUUAUUUAAGACUAUAGACAUCUGUAUUGUGUUUGGACGACUAUAAGUCUUUUAAACGCAAAAUUGCUUGCAGGUCAGUUUCGUGUAAACAACAGAUCCAGAUUCAAGAUGUUUCUUGAUCGUAUUCUUCCUCUCUUCUUCUGAAGAUCUGUUGUAAGAUAAUUGUGUCACUGAGCAUAAGUGCAGAUCAGAUUGAUGUCAGUGGAUCAGAUUCACUUCAGAAAUACUUCCUUCAGACAGAAAGUAUGCUACUGUUUUAUACAACUAAAACCACUAGUUAAAGCCAUUAAAUCUAAUGCUGCUGUGAUACAGUCUACAUAAAAACCUACGUUUUAGAUUUCUGUUGAUGUGAUUUAAUCUUGUCUAUAUUUAUUAUUUAGUCAAGUCUUGUUGUUGGCUUUGUUCUGUCAUACAGUAAAUAGGACGGCACUGCGUAACAAUUCGCGAUUAAUCGUUUGCAGAAUAAAAUAUUUUGUUUAAAUCAUAUGUGUGUGUGUACUGCGCACAAUAACUAUGUAUAUAUAAAUGCACACAGAAAGCAUGUAUAAUUUUAAGAAAAAAGCAUAUAUUAAGUAUUCAUAUUUAUAUAGAAUAAAAUUACAUAUAAAUAUACAAAUGUAUGUACACAUGUAAAUAUUUCUUAAAUAUAUACAUGCAUGCAUGUGUGUGUACUUAUAUAUGCAUAGUUAUUAUACACACACACAUAUAUAUGAUGUAAACAAAAUUUUUAAUUCUGCAAAGGAUUAGUUAUUAUUAUUAUAGUUAUGCAGCUCAUAAAAAAGAGCUGAAAUAUUUCCUUCAUUGCUCUCAUUUAGACUCACAUCAGCUCCAUUCAUCCGAAAAACACAAACAGUAAGUAGAUCUCAAUCUCCAUACAGGUUGAUAUUAUCCCGUUAAAGGAUUUUGUGCACUAUAUUCCAGGUCUUCAAAUCUGAAGGUUCUUGUAUGAUUCUGAUUCAUACUGUAA